UUAUGCAUUCCAGUUAAUUUUUUCCCCUCUUUUUCUUUAAUUUAAUUUAAUUAGGGACAUGUGCUUUCCAGUGCAGUUUUGGUGUGUUACGGUGUGUUUUUGAUGCGUUUUACCGUUUUACGGUACAGUUCUGUGCAGAAAAAAUGCAGCCUGUUCUACUUUUUUUUCUGCAACAGGAACGCACUGGAAUUGCAAGGACUGGUGUGAACUAUGACAUUGACAACCAUAUAACCUACUUUCUGUGCAUUUUGGAUGCAGAAAAAAAAGCAACUGAAACGCAUGUAGUGUGAACUGGCCCUAAUAGUUAUUAUAGGUAAGG